CCUAACGGGCUGUAUCCGGCAGGGCUUCUGUGCUCAGGGGCGGGGCGGGGGCGUUCUGUUUCAGAGACAGCGGAGCUAGCUCAGACGCGAAGUUACCCUCGCCCAGAACAUCCUGUGCGAACCAGGAUCUUGACCAGCUGAGCCCCCACGGUCGAUCCCGGCGUAGAGGCAGCCAGCCCGGCCUCGGUCCCUCCCGCAUCAGGGCUGCGGAGCGGUACAAACUCAUUGUCCAAGUUCCCUCUGCCCGGGCCCGGAGGCCCCUUCCCUGCGAGGGAGGGACUCAGCCCCGGACGGGCAGGUGCCUGGUGCCCGCGGACCCUCUCCGUCGGGCUCGAACCCCGUCUUGGUGGGCGGGGUGGGACCAGCAGGGAUAUCCUCAGAGUUCGGUUCUCUCCUCCGCAGCGUGCACGAAACAGCCCGGGAUGGCCACCAGGUUCCCGACAGCUUCGUGUUCGAGGAGCUGUGGUCUGGCGCACAGAGUCGUUGGGCAGGAUGGCGGGGAAGGAGUUUAAGGAUUCAAAGCAGGAAGGAGCAGUGUUGUGACAGGAGAGAGCCAGUGGACCCUCUGGACCGUGCAGGUGGUUGAAGGACUGAACCAGAGGGAGACUUAACAGCGAAUGCUGAACUCCUGAGCUGUUGGCACACCGGUGAUGUGUCCAGUCUUGAGAACACUGUUGGAAGAAGUAUCCAGGGACAGAGUGAGUUGUUGUCAUUCACGGAUAUAUCUAUGCAGUUCAGCUGGGAAGAGUGGCAGCUGCUGGAUUCUGUGCAGAAACACCUGUACCGGGAUGUGACUCUGGAAAACUAUAGUAACCUGGUGGCUAUAGGGUAUCAUGGUAACAAACCUGAUUUAAUCUUCAAGUUGGAGCAAGGACAAGAGCCAUGGAUCAUAAACUCGAAAGUUUCCCAUCAGAGCUGCCCAGAUGGUUGGGAAGAAUGGUACCAGAAGAAUCAUGAUGAACUUGAAAGUGUUGAGAGAAGCUAUGCUUGUAAUGCAUUUGGAAAACUUCAUCUGAGCAAAAGCCACAUUUCUUCAAGACAAAGAUUCCUUAAAUAUAGCACACAUGGAAGAAGUUUGACACAAAAUUUAACUUCAGCCACAAGCUGCCUAAGAAAGAAUGCUGAUCAGUUUCAUGGGUAUGAAGAAUCAUAUUUUAUUAAGCAUCAAAGAACUCAUAGUAUAGAAAAAAACUGUAUAUGUAAUGAAUGUGGGAAAGCUUUUCGUUGUAAAUCACAGCUCAUUGUACAUCUCAGAAUUCAUACAGGAGAGAGACCAUACGAGUGUACUAAAUGCGAAAGAGCCUUCAGUGCCAAGUCAAACCUCAAUGCUCAUCAGAGAGUCCAUACAGGAGAAAAGCCCUACUCCUGUAUCGAGUGUGGGAAAGUCUUUUCUUUCAGGUCACAACUCAUUGUCCACCAGGAAAUUCACACAGGAGGGAAACCUUACGGUUGCAGUGAAUGUGGGAAAGCCUACAGCUGGAAAUCACAACUGGUUUUACACCAGAGAAGCCAUACAGGAGUGAAACCAUAUGAAUGCAGUGAAUGUGGGAAAGCCUUUAGUUUGAAGUCACCAUUCGUGGUGCACCAGAGAACUCAUACAGGAGUGAAACCCCAUAAAUGCAGUGAAUGUGGGAAAGCCUUUAGGAGUAAGUCAUACCUCCUUGUUCACAUUAGGAUGCACACAGGAGAAAAACCCUAUCAAUGCAGUGACUGUGGCAAAGCCUUCAAUAUGAAGACACAACUUGUUGUGCAUCAGGGAAUUCAUACAGGAAAUAAUCCUUAUCAAUGCAGUGAAUGUGGGAAAGCCUUUGGUAGGAAGGAACAGCUCACUGCACAUCUGAGAGCUCAUGCAGGAGAGAAACCUUAUGGAUGCAGUGAGUGUGGGAAGGCUUUCAGCAGCAAAUCAUACCUCGUUAUACACAGGAGAACACACACAGGAGAAAGACCCUAUGAAUGUAGUUUUUGUGAAAGAGCCUUUUGUGGGAAAUCACAGCUAAUUAUACAUCAAAGAACUCACUCAACAGAGAAGCCCUAUGAAUGCAGCGAAUGUGAAAAAGCCUAUCCCAGGAAGGCAUCACUUCAGAUACACCAGAAAACUCAUUCAGGAGAAAAGCCGUUUAAAUGCAGUGAGUGUGGGAAAGCAUUCACUCAGAAGUCAUCUCUCAGUGAACAUCAAAGAGUUCAUACAGGAGAGAAACCAUGGAAAUGCUCUGAGUGUGGGAAAUCCUUCUGUUGGAAUUCAGGGCUUCGUAUACAUCGAAAAACUCACAAGUGAGAAAUCAGAACAGAGUAGAUGUUGGAUGCAUUCUCACAGAAGUUGAUCCUCAGGAGACUUCAGAUGAUAAUGGAAGCAGGAUAUAUAAGCAGGAAUACCUAAAAAUACAUUCUAAUCAAAUUAGUCAUGUGGGAGGGGAACCAAUUAUAUUUGGAAUGAAUAUGCAAAAACUUUCAGAAGUAAGUCAUGCAGAUCUUUAUAUGCAAGAGAAUGGUUGAAGGAGUAAAGAGCAGUAAUGGUAUAAACAGUAGCAUAAUUAGGAAGAUUUAAUUUGGGGAAUGCAUAUUAAGUCUGUAUGAAUUUAAUAAAUCAGGAAAGCAGUUUCCCAUAGGAGAUGUGUUACAUGGGGAGUCAUGUUCCAAAUUUGAUGCAGUUUUGGAGUGAAGAAAGUCCUUCUUGGUGGAGGAUAAAGUAGUUGGGUUUUGUUUGUUUGUUUUUAGUAUGUAACUAAUAGGAAAAUAACAAAGAACAUAUUCUGAAGGUUCAAGGGCAUGGAGUUUGACUUUCCUGAGCAACACUGCAUAGCAGUUUUUAAAAUUUUGGUAUUUUAUUUUUAAAUGUAACUUGUUAUAUUUGAUAAUUUGUGGAAUAACAUCCUCCAAUAUUCUCCAUAUUACAUGCUAAGUAUCAGUAUUGUCUCUUUAUUUCUUAGCAAUAUAACUAAAAUAAUGUGACUUUCAAUAAAUGAAAGGAUUUGUUCUUACUCCAGAUGAGUUUACUUCUUCAGUAAAUGGGUCUGUCAGUUAUUACAGCACUCCUUUCCAAGAGUGCUCAUGGUAAUGAAGAUUGAUUGUAUUUAGUAAUUCGGUGUUUGCUCCCCAUUGAUUGAUAAGAGUGGCUUGGAAUUCUCUGGAGAAAUACCCCUCCUAUGUUGUGCAUAUCCUUGUGGUGUGUCUCUCAGGGUGUCCUUCCCACCAGCCAUAGGUGAGCAUUCUGUCAUGGUUGAGUCACGGUAACCUCUUUUCCAGGAGUUUGAGUCUCUAAUUCAGUCUCACAUGAACCAGAAGGGAAAUAAUCAGAAUUCAUUCUUGUCCCAUAGUUUUACUAAGACCAUUAAUUAGUUCCUGCUAUUUCAGUUUCUCAGAAUAACUUUGGAUAUUCUGAACCUGGUUGUCUGGUGUUCUCUGUGCUGCCUCAUAUUUGCAAUAAAAAAUAUUAUUUUCUGCUAAUGUUAAGAAGAAUGAGUUCUAUUUCUUGUAACUGAAGGGCUUUAAUUGGUAAGUUGUUUUGCUGGAGUAAACUGUUAGUAAACUGUUGGAUAGAAAACUGUUAAAGAAAAAUGGGGUGUAUGGUUUAGGUUUAUUCCUAAGACAAGAAGAAAAUCUUUCAGAUUCCUGCUUAUAUUCCAAAGUGGAUACUUUUUAGCUGAUAGUAUGAAAUAGUGUUCUUACUUAUGUACACUAAGAACCUUGUGGACUCUAUUGGUAAGAUUCUGGCAAAACUCAGGAGCUAUUGUCCUAGAAAGUUUUAAACUUAAGAGGAAAUCUGGGACAUCAGAUGAAAUGGCUAGUUCUGGUUCCGUCAGCUCUUAAACACAAGACCAGACUUGAAGGCCUGAAUCUCAUCUCAGGGAAGUGUUGUCAGCAGCUCUCUGACAUUGUGGAAAUAAUUGCUUACUCAAGAGUUGUAGGGUUGAGAUGAUGGAAAUCCAAGACACAGUUGCUGAAGUACAAAGUCAUCUACCUUAAAUGUGCACCAAUCCCUUAUAUAAACAUGUUAGAAAAAGUGUCUCUUGAUAAUUGAUCAUUUGAAUAGAGAGAUUUGUGAAGAAUCUGAGGACUCAACCUAGCAAACUCAUGAUACACUUUGUAUUCUUGUCACUCAGGGAUACAGCCUAGAUGUUUGCAAACUGCAGACCACAGGCCAAAUACAGAUUGUUGAUACUUUUAUGGAUGGCAAGCUAAGAAGCUUUAACAUUUUUAAAUGGUUU